GCCAUUUUAUCAGAAGUUUGUGGGGUGAAAAACAAUCGGAUGAGCUCGUGUGUGCGUUUUCUUUGUUUUUAUUACUUUACAUUAUUCACAUUAAUCGAGAUCAGUAAAUCGUCCGGUACAGCCGAUGAACGGCUGCUUAAUAAACGAACAAUUGGCGGGAACCGGCGUGCGACGUAACCUGCCAUUCAUUACGCGAGCGUGCGCACGGUUAGCAAGUAGCCUAGUUUAGCUAAUGGCACCUCGCGUUAUCGGACAAUAGUCACUUGCAAACAACAGAUAAAACAUACUAGUAACCGAACAAUUUGUGGUCAAGCCAAGCUCGUGUUUACUUUGGAUUGAAUCAGAUAGUCGAAAAGUAACUGUUAAUUGUAUUGUAGCCGAAUUAGCUGUUAGCCUAGCUCGCGCGUGUACAGUUUAAUCAUGACGGAGUGUUACAUUCGCGUGGCGGAGGAUGAAAAUGAGGAACCAAUGGAGAUCCCGUCAGAGGAGGAUGGCACUGUGUUGCUUUCCACGGUCGCCGCACAGUUUCCCGGUGCAUGUGGCCUUCGGUACCGAAGCCCGGUGUCUCAGUGUAUGAGAGGAGUCCGACUAGUGGAGGGGAUUCUGCACGCCCCAGAGGCAGACUGGGGCAACCUGGUAUACGUGGUCAACUAUCCAAAAGAUAACAAGAGGAAGAUGGAUGAAAUGGAUGCCGCUUCUGCUGUGAAGAUCAAGAGAGGUGUGCAGAAAACAUCAGACCUGAUCGUUCUGGGUUUGCCAUGGAAAACAUCCGAGCAAGAUCUUAAAGAUUACUUCAGUACCUUUGGCGAGGUUAUCAUGGUGCAGGUGAAGAGAGAUGCCAAAACAGGAAAUUCCAAAGGAUUUGGCUUUGUAAGAUUUACAGACUAUGAAACGCAAGUAAAAGUCAUGACCCAGCGGCAUAUGAUCGAUGGAAGAUGGUGUGACUGCAAACUCCCUAAUUCAAAGUAUUUCCUGGAACAGGCUGGGCCAGAUGAGCCUAUGAGAAGCCGGAAAGUGUUUGUGGGCCGCUGCACUGAGGACAUGAGCGCCGAUGAGCUCAGACAGUUCUUUAUGCAGUACGGCGAAGUCACAGAUGUAUUCAUCCCCAAACCUUUCCGAGCUUUUGCCUUCGUUACCUUUGCCGAUGAUCAGGUUACCCAGUCCUUGUGUGGUGAGGACCUGAUCAUUAAAGGAACCAGCGUGCACAUCUCCAACGCUGAGCCAAAGCACAAUAAUAGUAGGCAAAUGAUGGAUCGUGGGCGGUUUGCGGGGUAUGGGGGGCAGGGCUUUGGCAGUAAUCGCAGUCCUAACAGCAAUGUGAAUUUUGGGACCCUUAGCCUGAAUCCGGCCAUGAUGGCAGCCGCUCAGGCGGCCCUCCAGAAUAGCUGGGGAAUGAUGGGAAUGCUGGCGGGUCAACAGAAUCAGACAGCCGCCCCUGGCACAAACCCUAGUGCGCAGAACAGUGGUAGUAGAGAUCAGAAUCCGAGUUACAACGCAAGCAGCAAUAACUACAACGCCAGCAGCUCAGCUGGUCUCGGGUGGGGGGCGGGCACCAAUUCGGGCUCGAGCGGUGGGUUCAACUCCGGUUUUGGAUCUAGUAUGGAGACAAAGUCAAGCUGGGGAAUGUAGAGAGAGAUUUGAGUUGGGUAUCACCAAUAUCUAGAUAAUAUGGUAAGUAUUUUGAGAUCAGAAAGUUUAGUCGGAUAUUAUGUCCCGAAAAUAUUUGCCUUUGAUUUUUUUUGUAAAACUGAAUGUUCGUAUAUAUGUAACGAUUGGUCUUAAAUUUGUUUAGAGUGGUUGAAAUUGUUAGAAGUGAUGAAAACACUAUGAUAUUUUUUUCCUCAUGGAUAUAAUUUAUUUUGUGUUAAGCAUUAUUUCAAAAUGCCCACAUAUCUGAAACACGCAUGAGCAUCUCGUACCAUUUCAGUGCCCUCUCACAUACAUGUAAAGAUGCUCCAGUUGAAAAGAAAUUUGAGUUGUGUUCUCUGCCGUUUUUUUCCUCAAAGUUUUUGAUGGUCAAGCCUUCAUAAAUCUCUUCUACAGUUCAUCACCUCUUUUCCAAUUUCCCGGGAAGAAGCCCCUCGUUGGCCGCAAUGUUCGAGCAAUCACAGUAUCAGUUCCCCUCCUCCCAUGUGUAAAUGCUUUGCCAUCAAAGAGCACAGCGUCACUCUGCAUAUACUGUGUUUGACGGUGGGUGUCGUUUUUUUCCUCCCCUUUUUCAUGGAUGAAAUCUGUCCGCUUUUUGAGAGCUGAGUGAGAUGGUGAUGGAUUGUUGGUGGGCCCAGAAUGAGAGACUGAAUGAGCGAACAGGCUGAGAGAGAGAGAGAGAGAACUUGGAACUGCGAGACUGUGAGAACUUGGACCUGUGUGUACGAGUGUGAACGGAGGCAACGAGUGUUUUCUGUAGGAUCAUCACGAGGACAUUCAUUUACAUUCUUCCGUCCCUCCUGUUCUGUCUCUCUUCCAACUUUUCUCAUAUUUAGAGGUGCAUAAAAAAUAACCCCAAAAUAUCUACGUAGUGGAAUGUUUAAGUGAUCUAAGUAUUUGUGUUCUUGCUAUAUAAUUUGAUGUGAAUGCUGUGUAUGGUGUGUGUUGUUUCUUGCUGUUAUUCAACUUGUACGUGUGAAGGUGAUGUGAUGCUGUCUGUGGGCGGGGCUCUGGGAGUGGGUGGUGAAUGAGGGCGAGCGUGAGCUCUGAGUGGCUUAACUGGGGUGGUGUAUUGAUGAUGAAUGCCUACAGAAGAGGUUGCUUUUGUUACGUGUUUCGAAUGCUUUUUAUAUGUUUUGUGAAUCAAAGGGAACUGAAAUAAAACAAAUGAUUUGACUAGUUAUUUGAUAGUGGCUUAUUUGCUUUAAGAUAUUAAUGGAAUUGCAAACGCUUAUUUAAUUCGCAU